AGCGGCGGGGCGGGGGGCCUUUGGGUGACGUCCCUGCUGGGCGCCACCCUGACUGUCAUGUGGAUCCUGGGCACGGUGGGCAACGCGUACACUCUGGUCGUCACGCGCUCGGCCGCACUGCGUCGCACGGGCUCCGUCUACAUCUACGUGGCCAAUCUGGCGCUGGCAGACGUCCUCUACCUGACCACCAUCCCCUUUGUGGUGUGCACUUACUUCGCCCACGACUGGCUGUUUGGAGACGCCGGCUGCCGGGUCCUACUGAGUCUAGACCUGCUCACCAUGCACGCCAGCGUUUUCAUCUUGGUGGCCAUGAGUCUGGAGCGCUACCGGGCUGUAGCCCGGCCCCUGAGAGCCCGCAACUCGUCCCCGCGGAGGCAGAAGGUGACGGCCGCCGCCAUUUGGGCCGCGGCGUUCGUGCUCACGCUGCCGAUGAUGGUCAUGAUCCAGCUCAGGCAGGAAAAGCCAUCUCCGGGCGGCGCGGUUAAGAGGAUGUGCUUCCCGACGUGGACUCUGGAGGCCUUCAAGGUCUAUGUGAGCGUUCUGUUCCUGACCAGUGUUCUUGUCCCAGGCUUGGUCAUUGUCUCACUGUAUGCGGGCUUUGCCAAACGCUACUGGGCAACCCAGACCCGCCUAGGAGGAGGCGGACGCCCGGCCCGGCGUCGAAGGCUCAAACACCGUGUGGUGGUGAUGAUCUUCAGUAUCGUGGUGGUCUACUGGGCCUGUUUCCUGCCCUUCUGGGGUUGGCAACUGGCCCAGCUCUUCUCGCCAGAGUCCCUCAAGGCUCUAUCCCCAGCCACUCACAAUUAUGUAAACUUUUUUGUCACCUGUUUGACCUAUGGCAAUAGCUGCAUCAACCCCUUCCUCUACACACUGCUCACAAGAAACUACAAGAACUACCUGGGCCAGAAAGCCCAGUCCACAGUGACUCGGAGGAUUGAGCUGACCGGAACCUUGUAG